AAGUAGUGAAUUGCGUGGAUUUCAAUCAUAAUUCCUUCGAACUAAGUUUGCAUGGCAAGCAGAAUGUUUUGAUGGUACUGCCCAUUGGUUAUCAUGUGACAGUAGCGGCUCUGAUAAACGGAGAUUUGGUGCGUCGUAGUUAUACGCCCGUGAAUGCUAGUUUUUUGCAGCAGAGUACAGUUACCGACGAAAACUAUGCAACAAACCUACAUUUCCUUGUUAAAAGCUACAGAGAUGGCGCGCUUUCGAUGCAUUUGCGCCAACAGAAAGCUGGUCAAAUGUUACUACUGUCAGCGCCGCGCGGUAAUUUUCAUCUGCAACGUUUAUUGGCGCAUCGGCAAAUAGCGCUUAUUGCUGCUGGCAGUGGCAUAACGCCCAUGCUGAAUCUCAUCGAACACCUGUUGAAACGAAAUGCAAACCGCAUCGACUACUUACGCUUAUUAUAUUUUAAUAAAACGCCGGCGGACAUCUGGUGUCGCAAAUAUCUGGAACAAUUGCAUGCGGGUGAUGAGAGAUUUCAGCUAGUUAAUGUACUUUCUGAAGCUGAUACUGAAUGGACCGGGCUACGCGGACGCAUUUGUAAAGAGCUACUCGCCCCACUAUUAACGAAAAAUACGCCAGAAUAUGCUAGUUUUGCUACGAUAUGUGGGCCCAGUGAAUUCAGUCAAGCGGCAGAGGACUUGUUAAGAGAACUGCAAUUUGAUUUGGCAGAUUUACACAUCUUUCAGGGAUAAAAUGCUUUCA